AUGCAGAAAAUCACAACAACAUCCCGUAUCCUGAGAAGCCAGCCGGCGAAAAAGUGGUAUCACUAUGUAACGCUCGAUCUGAUCAUCAAAGUGCUCAACCAAACCUUCUUACACCCAUUCAUUGCAUGGAUUCUUGUUCUCUGUCUACGCGCCCAAGUCACACCUCCCGAUCAUCCAGUAUGGAUAGGCGCGCUUGGAUAUGCAAUCUUUCUUUCACUAUGGACAGCAGCUGCUAUGUUGAACCGUCGCAUUGCAUAUGGCAUGCCUCGAGAGGCUGAGCCAAGCCAUGAGAUAAUUGUGAUUACCGGUGGGGGAAGUGGACUUGGUCAACUUAUUGCCCAAAUCUAUGGUAUGAGGGGUGCCGGUGUUGCUGUUUUAGACAUCAAAGAAGUAAGUGAGGUGAAUGGCUGGGAUGAACUUUCUGGUGUCGAGUAUUAUCAGUGUGAUGUGGGUGAUCGCAAGGCCUUAGAGUUGACGGCAAAGAGGAUUGAAAAUGAUCUGGGCAAACCAACUGUGCUCAUAAACUGCGCAGCUGCCGGAAUACAUGGGUUGCCGUUGUUGUCCUUAUCUCCAGAAGCCAUGAAGAAAACUAUACAAACCAAUUUACUCGCCCCCUUCCAUGCAUUGCAGGUGUUUCUUCCCGGCAUGAUGGAAACAGAAAACGGCGGCGUCAUUGUCAACGUCAGCUCCGUCCUUGGACAGCUUACAGCUGCUGGUUUGUCGGACUAUUCUACAAGUAAGGCCGGCCUGAGUGCCAUGCAUAGAUCCCUAGAGGCUGAGCUCAGAGCAUCGGGACAUGACGAGAAAAUCAAAACAAUACUAGUCGAAACGGGACAGUUGUUUACCCCAUUGUUCGACGAAAUUCAGACCCCAAGUCAAUUUUUCGCGCCUGUACUCGAGCCCAUGCAAGUCGCGUAUGACAUUGUUUCUGCUAUUGACAAUGGUGAUACCGGUAUCAUCAGGCUCCCUGCUUUUGCUAAAUUGGUGAAUUGGUAUGCCGUAUUACCUGCUUCAAUUCAGAGACUGGCACGUUAUUUGAGCAGAAUAGACACAGCCGUUGCAAAGGCGUACAACGGGCAGACCCGUGUUCCGGAGUCUUCAACUUCGAGCGGAUCAGAGAGCGAAGUCGAAAUAGAGCAGGUGCAAUAA